UAGUCUCGUGUUCAACUCUCUCUUUACUUACUCUCUCUAACUCUCUCCAUCCCUCCUUCCCCUAUCUUGCUCUCUCCCUGCAUACUAUAGCUCUCUUUUUUUUCUCCUUCUCCUGUAUUCUCUCUCCUCUUUGCUCGCCUGUUGAGAUUAUUCACUCAUAACUCAGAGGACCCAACAUCCUAACUGAGUCCAGACUGGAGCCAUGGCUCCAGAAAAGGAAAGCAAUGGUCUCGAAAACUACGCAUUUGCUAUUGAUGGGCGUUUCUGUGAUCUGGAGAAGGAUGGAGAGGGCUCCGACCUCUCUGAGGAGGACGACAAGAACAAACUGGCCUACUGUGUCACAGACAUCCCACCCUGGUACCUUUGCAUCAUUCUGGGCAUCCAGCAUUGCCUGACAGCGUUUGGAGGGAUCAUCGCCAUCCCUCUGAUCCUGUCUCAGGGUCUGUGUCUGCAGCAUGACAGCCUGACCCAGGGUCACCUUAUCAGCACCAUCUUCUUUGUGUCAGGCGUGUGCACCCUGCUGCAGGUCACCUUUGGAAUCAGACUGCCCAUUCUACAGGGGGGUACUUUCACCUUGCUGGCUCCCUCUAUGGCCAUGCUGUCGAUGCCAGAGUGGACAUGCCCUGCCUGGACCCAGAACGCUUCCUUGGUCAAUGCCACCUCUCCUGAGUAUGUAGAGGUGUGGCAGAGCCGCAUGCGAGCGUUACAGGGCUCCAUCAUGGUGGGCUCCUUGUUCCAGGUCCUGGUGGGUUUCUCUGGCCUCAUCGGUCUCUUCAUGCGUUUCAUUGGCCCCCUCACCAUCGCACCCACCAUCUCUCUGAUUGGCCUGUCCCUAUACGACUCAGCUGGAAUGAAUGCAGGGAACCACUGGGGCAUCUCAACUAUGACGACUGCUCUGAUUAUCCUGUUCUCCCAGUACCUCCGACACAUCCCUGUACCAUUUCCCACAUACAGCAAGACCAAGAAACUCCACACCACCAAGAUCUACAUCUUCCAGAUUCUACCAGUGCUCCUUGGCAUCACACUGUCAUGGCUGAUCUGCUACAUUUUCACCAUCUCUGACGUCCUGCCCUCACAACCGGGGCAAUAUGGCUACCUGGCUCGCACAGACCUGAAAGGGGAUGUCAUAGUCCAGGCCCCCUGGUUCAGAUUCCCAUACCCAGGUCAGUGGGGCUUACCAACAGUGAGCCUGGCAGGAGUGGUAGGGAUCUUGGCUGGGGUGAUAUCCUCCAUGAUAGAGUCGGUGGGGGACUACCACGCCUGUGCCAGGCUGUCAGGGGCCCCUCCUCCCCCAAAACAUGCCAUCAACAGGGGCAUUGGCAUCGAGGGGCUUGGCUGUCUGCUGGCUGGGGCCUGGGGCACAGGCAAUGGAACCACCUCCUACAGUGAGAAUGUGGGAGCAUUGGGGAUCACCAAGGUGGGCAGUCGAAUGGUGAUCAUUGCUGGUGGCGUCUUGCUGAUCAUCAUGGGACUGUUUGGUAAAAUUGGAGCCAUUUUCACCACCAUCCCCACACCUGUGGUUGGAGGAAUGUUCUUGGUCAUGUUUGGGGUCAUAUCUGCAGCUGGAGUUUCAAAUCUGCAGUAUGCAGACAUGAACUCCUCCCGGAACAUCUUUAUCUUUGGGUUUUCUAUGUUUUCCGGACUGGUCAUUCCAAACUGGAUAUUCAAGAACCCAGAUGCCAUAGCAACAGGUGUGGUCGAGCUGGACCAACUGCUGCAGGUGCUUCUGACAACCAGCAUGUUUGUUGGAGGCUUCUUUGGGUUCUUCCUUGACAACACCAUUCCUGGAACCAAGCGAGAGCGAGGCAUCAUAGCCUGGAACAAGAUCCACCUGGACGACUCCAGCAACACCUUGGAGAGUAGCGAGGUGUACAACCUUCCAUUUGGAAUCAGCUCUUUCCUCUCCUCCUACACCUGGGUUCGAUAUGUGCCGUUCCUCCCUCUGAAUGCACCCAGCUCACAGGACACGUCCGGGGUGGACUCUUUGGAGGCCAAGAAGCAACCUGGGAAGCCAGAGCCCUCACAUAUCAUCAGAUCAGUGGCCCUAUGAACACUGAGCAAGCCCAGACUCUGGCUAAAACAACAACAACAAUAACAAAGGCAGCUCUCGUGACUUGGACCACCUGUCCUGCUCUUAAGACACUGUAAAAGAACGCUAUCCAUACUUAUUUAGUCAGACAUUUUCUACUCACUUCUUGGCCAGAAUCAGAUUAGCAGUAACCCUCGUUAGCCAACAAACGCAUAGCUUUUCAUUGUUUUUGUUUAGGCAGUGUCGGAGGUGUAACUGCAUUAGAGCUGUAAUAAUCCACAAGCGGCUCCUGGCAUU